AUGGCCAGCAACACGGUGACACCUGAGGUCCUCUGGGCCCAACGCUCGUCCAAGGAUGACGCCGAGAAGAACUUCAUUUACCUCACAAUUAGCGUACCGGACGUGCCGACGUCGAACCUUAAGCUCGACCUCAAGCCGACGGGACUGACGUUCACGGGCCACUCGGACACGCUCAAGAAGACGUACCACGUCGAGCUCGAGUUCUACGCCGAGAUCGACCCGGCCGCGAGCAAGGUGCACCACACGGCGCGCGACGUUGAGAUGAAGCUUCGCAAAAAGGAGCUUAACGAGUCCUACUGGCCGCGCCUGCUCAAGGACGCCAAGAAGGCGCAUUUCCUCAAGACCGACUUUGACAAGUGGCUCGACGAGGACGAGCAGAACGAGGCGGCCGACGACGACUUCGCCAACUUUGGCGGCAUGGAAGGACUUCCGGGCAUGGGGGGCAUGGGAGGCGACGGUGGCUUCGGCGGCAUCGACUUCUCCAAGCUCGGCGGCGGUGCCGGCAUGCCCUCGGGUGACGAUGAGGAAGACGAGUCCGACGAUGAUAUGCCGCCACUUGAGGGCGAGGAGGAGGAGGACAAGGGCGAGAAGGCCCCCGAGGUGGCCGAGGACGCCAAGGAUGCUAAGGAGGUGGUCAGCUCUUAG